AUUUUGCAUCAGUAAAACUAUCUGACUUCUCUCUCAAAAACAUCGUAAAAAAUGGAGGAGUCACGAGAAUCGCCGGCGGAACACGGCUACUACAUGCCGGCGGAAUGGGAACCUCAUGCUCAAACUUGGAUCGGUUGGCCUGAACGGCAAGAUAACUGGCGGCACAACGCUUUACCCGCACAACGAGUGUUUGCUGAUGUUGCAAAGGCCAUCUCAAAGUUCGAGUCUGUGACUGUCUGUGCAAGCCCUGCUCAGUGGGAAAAUGCAAGGAAACAGCUUCCAGAGGAUAUAAGAGUUGUUGAGAUGAGCAUGAAUGAUUCUUGGUUCCGCGACUCUGGACCAACUUUCAUUGUGCGGAAAAGACCAUUUAAGCUCAGUUCUCUUAACCGAAACAUUGCUGGGAUCGAUUGGAAUUUCAAUGCCUGGGGAGGAGCUAAUGAUGGCUGUUACAAUGAUUGGAGUCAUGACCUUCUAGUUUCACGAAAGAUUCUCGCUUUGGAACGGAUUCCAAGAUUUCAACAUUCGAUGAUUCUUGAAGGAGGCAGCAUCCAUGUAGACGGGGAAGGAACCUGCCUCGUCACAGAAGAGUGUCUCCUGAACAAAAACCGAAACCCUCAUAUGAGUAAAGAGCAAAUAGAGGAAGAACUAAAGAAGUAUCUCGGAGUAAAAACAUUUAUCUGGCUUCCUCGUGGUCUUUACGGUGAUGAGGACACAAACGGGCACAUUGACAACAUGUGCUGCUUCGCUAGACCGGGAGUUGUGUUAUUGUCUUGGACAGAUGAUGAAAUUGAUCCUCACUACGAAAGGUCUGCAGAAGCUCUCUCGGUUUUGUCGAAUUCGAUUGAUGCUUGUGGAAGGAAGAUUCAAGUCAUUAAACUUCACAUUCCGGGACCCCUUUUUAUGACUGAAGAAGAAUCAUCUGGAAUCACUCAGGACGGUGAAGCUAUACCAAGACUUGCAGGGACAAGACUCGCAGCAUCGUAUGUGAACUUCUACAUCGCCAAUGGAGGAAUAAUCGCUCCACAGUUCGGUGAUCCAAUACGUGAUAAAGAAGCAAUUCGUGUCCUCUCGGAGACAUUUCCUCAUCACUCGGUUGUGGCAAUCGAGAAUGCAAGAGAAAUCGUUCUUGCUGGAGGAAACAUACAUUGUAUAACGCAGCAGCAACCGGCGGAGCCUAGUUCCGUAGCUGAGAACGGCCACUGACGGAGUGACGGUGUUCUCCAGUCUCCACGCGCCGCCGAGGGAUUGAUGAAUCCUGGUCGUUGAUUUUUCAAAUACAGAUUUGAUUCGUGA